AGCAGCUUUCACGGUGGAGGACAAAAUCCGACAAAGUAGUGAAGCUGCGUACGAAUAGGGGUGAAGCCUCAGAAAAUCCGUCUCCAUCCUUAUGUUUUGGCCAAAUAUGACCCCGUAGAUGCGGAGAACAUAAACUACGCGUUUCACACUACCGAAUGAUAUCGAUAUUAUAGCUCUUCGUUCCUCAGAGAGAUAAAAAAGGGAUGGUGAAAUUUGGACUGUUUCAGAAGGAACUGGGAUUCUGGGGGGAAGGGGACUGUGAAUUAAGGGGGUUGUAAACCUGUCACAGGAGGUGGAAUAUUUGCCGAGGUAUCGUAAACAAAAGGUUAAAAGCUGGACAUUUAGGACAAGCAACGUUAGUUACACCGUUACAAACGAAGACGUAACGUUAGCUAAUAGCAAAAUGGAGCUGAGAGUGGGGAACCGAUACAGACUCGGCAGAAAAAUCGGAAGUGGAUCUUUCGGGGACAUAUAUUUAGGCACUGAUAUUUCAGUGGGUGAGGAGGUUGCAAUCAAGCUGGAAUGUGUGAAGACCAAACACCCCCAGCUCCAUAUCGAGAGCAAGAUCUACAAGAUGAUGCAAGGAGGAGUGGGCAUUCCAACAAUAAAGUGGUGUGGAGCAGAAGGUGACUACAAUGUGAUGGUGAUGGAGCUGCUGGGCCCCAGUCUGGAGGAUCUCUUCAACUUUUGCUCUCGCAAGUUCAGCCUCAAGACAGUCCUGCUGCUUGCUGAUCAAAUGAUUAGUCGCAUUGAGUACAUUCACUCCAAGAACUUCAUCCACAGAGAUGUAAAGCCUGAUAACUUCCUGAUGGGACUGGGCAAAAAGGGCAACCUGGUAUACAUUAUCGACUUUGGCCUGGCUAAAAAAUAUCGGGACGCUCGCACACACCAGCAUAUCCCCUACCGCGAGAACAAGAACCUGACUGGCACUGCACGCUACGCCUCAAUCAACACACAUCUUGGGAUUGAACAGUCAAGACGCGAUGACCUGGAGUCCUUGGGCUAUGUUCUCAUGUAUUUUAAUCUGGGCUCACUGCCUUGGCAAGGCCUCAAGGCUGCUACUAAGAGGCAGAAGUAUGAACGGAUCAGUGAGAAGAAAAUGUCCACCCCCAUUGAGGUGCUUUGUAAGGGAUAUCCCUCGGAGUUUGCGACCUACCUGAAUUUUUGUCGCUCCCUGCGCUUCGAUGACAAGCCGGACUACUCGUACCUACGGCAGCUCUUCAGGAACCUGUUUCACAGACAGGGCUUCUCUUAUGACUAUGUAUUUGACUGGAACAUGCUUAAAUUUGGAGCCAACCGUGCUGCAGAGGAAGCAGAGAGAGACCGCCGGGACCGGGAAGACAGGCUGAGGCAUGGCAGGAACCCAGGGGCCAGAGGAAUACCUGCCGUAUCAGGAAGACCAAGAGGAACCCAGGACGGAGCCCCGCCUACCCCACUAACACCCACCUCACACACAGCAAACACAUCCCCUCGACAAGUGUCUGGUAUGGAGCGUGAGCGAAAGGUGAGCAUGCGACUGCACCGCGGCGCUCCUGUCAACGUGUCAUCCUCAGAUCUAACAGGACGGCAGGACACCUCCCGCAUGUCCACCUCACAGAAUAGCAUUCCCUACGAGCAUCACGCCAAGUAGACGCUCGCCACGUCCUUGUGUGACGGCGGCAACACUGGUGUUGGUUUGAUGCCUGAGGCCACAUUGAUCAGAUGGCAGGCCUACAUCUUUAGCACCCAAAGGAAUUUACCUGCCUAGACCCUCACCCACACCUCCAACCUUGCUUGAUGCAGUCCAGUUUUAUUUCACCUUCAGAUUUCUACCUCUGUGGUCCUCCACACUAAUCACUUGCAUGAUAUGAGGUUACUUGCUUGCAAGUCGGCAUUGAGCUUUCUCGUGGCUGUGGCUGAAAGCAUGACAUUAAUUUGGAAAGGGAGGAGAAAAAGGCUGGUUUAAAAUAGUCAGUCCAUGUUCCAAGUUCUUUUAGAACAGAAUUGUCGCAAAAAUUUGCUUUGUGUUUGUACAGAUUGUUUCCUCGCUGUGCAACUUUAAGUCACGGGGUAUUUAAAAAUUUUCAUAUGUAAAUAAAAAAGAAAAUCUAUGUCAGCACCAUUAUUUCCAUUGUUGUCUUUCCCACAACUACCAUCAUUCCACACUUGACUAUCAAGCAGUGCAUAAAAAUGUCAACUUUGUAGCAUUGACAUGCAGUAUACAACAAAACUGAGGACACCCCUGGUCAGUAUCACUAAGUUAUUGCAAGUCUUGUCCAUUUAAUACAAUUUAUUUUUAGUCAGUCAUUUUUUAAGUCAGAAAGAAGAACAAACCAAAUUAAUCUGAAAAACAAAUGUAUCACUGAACUAUAAUCAACAGUCCCUAUUAAAGAACCAACUGCAACAACAGUUAGUCUUCAUUAGUGAGAUUCCAGUCUUUUAUUUUAUUUUUUUAUGUCUACCUUUAUUUUACCGGUGAUAGCAGUCUAACACCUAUCUGUGGCAAGAUGUUGAGAUGAUUCUCUUGAGCUGCUCUUUGCCUGGGGGUUUGCUGCUCUACCUUCUGCUUUACAAUACUCUUAAAGUUGGCCUGUGGCGUUCAAGUAACGGUACACACACAAGUUUUCUCUUCUUUACGAACUCUUGUAUGAACCCCCUUCUGGAUUCAUCCUUUCAUUCGGUACUUGUGUACAAAGUAGCAUUCUCAGUGCUGCUAUAAAUGUCAUCUCCUUUACAUCUUUUGCUGUCGUGAGGCCCCGAAUCAGCACAUUUCCACCUCCAUCUCUCACUGUAAGCACUAUGUAGUCACUGUGGUGGUCCUGGCCUGGUCCACACCAAACAUGUGAUUUCCACAGAUAAAACUUGCGGCAAGGCACAGGCACCUGCUCAUCUGUUUUUCAUUGUAAGGUUGCAUAAAAAAUACUUUCCGUCAUUUUUCAGGGUCUGCCACUGCGCCUUCUAUUAUUGGUAGAAUGGAUCCUCCCUAUACCUCCAAACCGCUUCUGGAAAUGUGCAUCCGUUCUUGUUCAGUCACUUGCUGAUGCUCUUGUGCCCUCUUCCAUCUUCAUGAAGACUCAGUCUGGUCUCUAACUUGUUCAGGCAGUUCCUCACCAUGUGGAGCCAUGUAACAAUAUCAGGGUUCCCGCGGGGUCUUAAAAAGUCUUAAAAGUAUUGAAUUUACAAAUCUACAUUUAAUACCUUUAAAAAAAGUCUUAAAAUGUAUUAAAUUUGAUGUCAUAGGUCUUAAAUUAUGUUGUCAUGAACUUGCUCGUUGUAUUUUGUUUAAAUGUGUGGGAGAUCUCCAACCCGCAAAGAAAGUAACGUCAUUUCCACCUGUUCCAACCUGACAAUAUGUGUUGAAAUUAGCAGCAAGGUGUGGCUAACUCUGCAGCCCACCUGAUGAGCUUGCAGGUGCGGCAACACUGCGAGAAGAAAGUAGAAAUGUAAACAGUUUGGGGAAGUGCAAGUUUAAUAGUUUGUGGUUAGAGAAAAGGUCAUUCUCAUCCUGGUUGACGCCAGUGGAAGGGAAUGUGUUUGAGGCUCUCUGCACCUUGUGCAAGAAAACGAUUAAAUUAGGGACAAUGGGAAUCAAGGCGUUGGAGUCACACUAGCUGUCGUCCAAACACAGAGCUCAGGUAAAAGUUAACUAAAAAAAAGCAAACUCCUGCCAUCUCAGGGGCUAUGCUUGCCCCUGCGUCAGGACCUCAGCACCAGCGAGUGCCUCCAGUACAGUCCUUCUCAAAUAGUGGGGCGUGCCGCAGGGGCGGGGGGUUGAGCUAAUUGAAAAGGAUAUUGUUGCGAAGGGAGCAGAGCUGAGAAAUUGACUCUUGACUGAUUUGAUCUGUAUUUACACACACUGUUUACACACACACAGAGUUCUGUGAGUAGUAUACAUUUAAUAUUCAAUCUGCUGAUGUAAAUACAUUUUCAUAAAUUCCAGGAAUUAGCUUUUUUUUCCCUAGUAUGGCCGUGAAAUGGGCAUUAAAUUCUGUUCUAAGUGAUCUUGAAAAGGUCUUAAAAAGUCUUAAAUUUAACUUGUAGAAAUCUGUAGAAAUCUGUAGGAACCCUGAAUAUACACGUCAGACCAAAACUGAGGAAGCUGUGGUUCACAGGUUCUUUUUUAACCUUGUUCAUACAUUUAAUCUUAAUAAUCAAAUCUGUUGCUGUGAUCAGAGGAAAACUGAUUUUUGUUGCAUUGAGGUUGGACUGUAGGGCAUGUACUUUCAGCGUAGUCUGUCUAACCUGAUUGUAUUUAAUUAAGAUCAAAUACCUCACUAUUCAACUUAAAAAUAAUGCAAUUCUUGUAAGAUGACACAGUUUUGAAUCAGUUAACUCUGUAGUGAUAUUGCACUAGGUUGUACUCAAUUUUUUUGUAUACUGUGGAUCCAAAAGUUUUGCAAAACAAGGCAGAACGUAGAACCUAGGCGUUAUGGGUGCGUAAAGUUUCAGGUUAAUGGGAAGCUUCAGGUUAUGGGUUGCUACUAUUAUUAGCUUCAGCUCAACUUAGAUAUGUUUACAUAGAAUGAGGACUGGAUUUUUGUAUUCCCUCUCUAAAGGGAUUUCUUCACAGCCAGUAACUGAAUGGAGGAAUGAUAGCAGCAACCAAUAAUUCUUUCAACAUACCUGUGACAUGUGAAGAUUGGUUUUAAAUGAAAAAAAAUCAAAACUUUUCCUUUUUUUGGUCACAGCUUUGUUACUGUAUACACUAGACUAGUGGCAUCAGUAGUGAUGGAUUUGUUUGGCUUCAUCACAUGCCUUUGUGCAUCUGCCAGUCUUAGACUGGACUGUAGGUGGUGUAUGUUGAGGCCCCACCUUUGCUAUGCUGCAGUAUGAGUGCUUGCCCCAUCGCUGGCUAACUUGCUGCAUCGUGUUGUGCCUGCAGCUGCUUCACAGCUCUGCAACUAAUUUGACUUCCUGUACUCAGUUUUGUAAUUGUAUACAUUUUGCAUAUUUCCUGCCUGAUGCUUUAAGCCAUUUCAAUUAGGAUGUCACUGAAUAAAAGUUGAAAAAUAUUGUCCAAAGCCAGAAAACAUUGGGAAAUUGUUAUUAGCACCAAUCAGCCUAUCUUUAAUUACAGCCAUGCAACUGUUUCCUCAGUUUAGAAAUAGUUUAGUUUUUUUUUGUCUUUAAAAUGCAUUUAGACUGUACAUUAAAGGGCUCCAUGUCUGUACAUGUUAGUCCAGAAGCAAUGACAGUACAGGGAAGCAUGCAUGUAAAGCUUAAUGCAUCAGCUGUAAUGGAGAACAGCUGUGGGGCUGAUGUUUGUUUUGACCCUCCUGCUUCAUGUCCUGUGUUUC